AUGCACUCUGAAGGUCUGGACGAAGGUAUAUCGCAGAUCAGCAAGCGCAGCCAGGACGAGCGCCAGCUACUGGUCUGGAACCUGCCCGUCGAAGUGUCGUUCAAGUCCACCAACCCGCACGGCUGGCCGCAGCUGAUCGUCAGCUGUUACGGGCCGGACCUGUUCGGCAAUGACGUCAUUCGUGGCUACGGCGUGUGUCACGUGCCGGUCUGCUCGGGCAGCCACCGGGUCAGGAUGGCCGUGUUCGUACCGGAGUCGACCUCACAGCUGCAGAAGCUGGCUUCCUGGUUCACUGGCCGCCGACCGGAGCUGGCCGACCCGGUCACGCUGGCGCUCGGCGAGGGCAGGGAGGUGAUGCGGGUCCGGUCGCAGGGCGUAGUCACCUGCCGGCUGCAGGUGCUCACCAAGGACCUGCGGCGGCUGGGCUAUGUCAGCGGGCGUCAGCCG